CCUUUCUUCUUCAUGAAUCUAUGAUUUUUUCAUAGUUUCUCUUUUGAUUUUCAGAAACUUUUGUUCUAGAUUAGAUGCAUAUCUAUACAACAUGUGGUCUUUGGGAAUUAGGUGCAACUACGGGAUGGAUUUUUGAGGCUGAUGGCAAAGGGGGUAGGCUAUUGUUAGUGGAAUCAAAUUGUACUUUAGAUGAAUUAAAAAGGAUGAUUUUGGAGGAUUUUGGUAUGGAAGAAGAAAUCAUAGCCGAUUUGGAGUUAAGUUAUCUACCUGCUGAGUUGAUCAAUACUUCAGGAUGUCCACCUGUGAUCAUUGCAAACGAUCGUCAGCUUCAUAAUUUUGUUCGAUUUGUUCAAAAGAGUGCUUCUACUCGAUUGUGUGUAACAUGUAAAGCCAAGGCUGAGAAUCCGAAUAAAGAAGCCUUUGAUCUUAACAAACCGCCAGCUGAUCCAUGUACUCAUGAAGAGAAAGGAAACUCGUUUGACAAUGGGGACGAAUCAGCUCCUGUGUAUGCUGAGAGGCAGGGGAAUAAGAAGAAUGAAAAGCGGAAAGGAGUCGCAGUUGAUGAGGAUGGGGACUAUGAUGCUGAUACCAUGAUCUCUGAAAAAGAGAACAUACAUAAAAUGUCAAAGUUUUCUCUGCUCCAUGUUGUUAAGGUCGGACAAUUUUUUGAGAACAAAACUUUGUUGAAGGCGACUUUCGAGAUGUGUGCAAUGAAGCAUAACUUUGACUACCAGGUUAUCAAAACGGAUAGACAACUUUGGUAUGUUAGAUGUGCAGAUAAUGCAUGCAAUUGGGGUGUUCGAGCAGAGUGUCUGAAGGAUUCAUCAUAUUUCAUGAUCAAGAAGUAUGUCGGUAAACAUACAUGCGCACCUUCAAGCAAAACCAAAGCGGGUAAGACUGCUUCAGCAAAAACAAUAGGCAGUCUGAUUAUGCAUAAGUAUGUAGGCGUCAAGGAAGGGCCGAAAUGUAAUGAUAUCAUACAGAUUAUGCGUAGUGAUCAUGGAUGCGAGAUAUCAAAAUCUUUAGCAUGGGAUGCGCGUGAAUAUGCGAUCAGUGCAGUUAGAGGUAUUCCAGAGAGAAGUUAUGGGAAAAUACCAAAAUACUUGCACAUGCUGAGAGAGGCUAAUCCAGGUACACACACAUCCUAUGAGAUUGACGGAAAUGAGAACUUUCGUUACCUAUUUAUUGCAUUUGGGCAAUCGAUAAGAGGAUUUAACAGAGUCAUGAGGCGGGUUAUUGUGAUCGAUGGGACCUUUUUGAAGAAUAAAUACAAAGGAGUUUUACUGGUUGCUACGGCUUUAGACGGAAAUUCAAAUUUGUAUCCUAUUGCGUUUGGAAUAGUCGACUCAGAGAAUGAGCGUUCUUGGGAAUGGUUUAUGAGACAACUUAAGGUUGUCAUUGCAGAUGAUCAUGAUUUGGCUUUUAUUUCAGACAGACAUGGGUCUAUCGCUAAGGCAAUUGAAAACGUGUAUCCAUCAGCCAGACACGGGAUUUGUAUUCAUCAUUUGUUGAAUAAUGUGGUCACAUAUUUCCAUGGGAAAGGACUUGCUGGGUUGGUUUCAAAGGCGUCCAAGGCUUAUCGAGUUUCUGAGUUUGAGAAGACAUUUGCUACUGUGUGUAAUAUCAGUCCGGCAAUUGGAGAUUAUCUUAGGGAAGCUGAUGUGCAAAAAUGGGCUAGAUGUCAAUUCCCUGGAUACAGAUACGACAUAAGGACAACCAAUCCUGCUGAAUCUAUCAACUCUGCUUUGCGUUCACCGAGAGAGUAUCCAGUCAUCCCUUUGUUAGACAGUAUCAGGGAAAUGUUAACACAAUGGUUUUAUGAGCGUAAGAAACUGAUUUCAAAGCAUAAACAUCCUCUGACUAAAGAUGUAGAGAAAAAAAUAGAGAGGAGAAUCGGGAAAGGCGCCACAUUUGUAGUUUACCCUGUCAGUGCUGGUCGAUUGCUUGUUAGAGGUGAUAAAUUCGACUGCUUAGUUGAUUUGGAUAGAAGGACUUGUUCAUGUGGAAAGUACACCCUUAUGAAGAUCCCUUGUAGGCACGCAAUUAAAGCUGGUUUUCAUGUUGGAAGAGAGCCACACACAUUGACUGAUUUGAUGUAUACUACAGGAGCUUGGAGAGAAGCUUAUGAAGAAAGCAUAAAUCCUAUUGAUGUUCCUGAGGAUGCUUGGUCUAUACCAGAAGAUGUUAAGAAAGUCAUUGUUUUACCACCACAGACAAGAAGAUCAGUUGGAAGAAAAAGAAAACGCAGAUAUGAAACUGCGGAAGACAAAAUUCGGUCAUCGCAAAUAUCACGAAGAAAGCAGCCUCGGAAGUGUAGUAGAUGUGGUAUUAGUGGGCACAACAGAGCAACUUGUCAAGUACCAAUAUAGUCAGUCACAAAUGGUUGCUCUGUUCAAGUUUGCAAGUGGCGGUAGAUGGCGAGCUAGGCGAGCUUAUUUCAAAGUGCAUUCUCAUCAUUUGGAUAAAUUUCACAGGUUGCUUUGUACGGUUUUUUUCUUCUAAACACUAUAGGUUCUCUUUUCAAUUGGAUAAAUUUCGUUUGGAUUUUUU